GCGCAGAAACAGGACUCGACUCGAGGGUCUAGUGUAUUGCUCCCCUUUGCGAUAAAAUGAGCUCAUCAUAAACCGGAGCAGAAAGAACAAAGUUGAAUGCAGUCAAGUUUGUGUUGCCUCUAUUCCGCGUCAGUAGGCUAGUUCCCUUCGCUGCAAAAUGAGUUUGACAAGUCAUCAGGGAAGUGACGGAAUUGCAGAAGUUUUUUCCUUCGCGUUUUCUACAGCCCUACUGUAACACCUCAAAUAAAACACCUACAUUUAUACACCGACUCGACGUGCCAUAUAAAGUAUGAAUAUUCCGCGAAGGGACAACAAGGAUACUCCAGUGAUUCCACCCAGACCCAGUAGUGAGGAGAUGAGCAACACAACCACACACAGCUUGAACAAGGACAAUGAUACUAGCGGUAACUCACAGAGGACUGGGGUGAUGGGAGUCAUGCAGAAAGUUAAUCCGUUCAAAACCACAACACAGACCUCCUCUACAGCCAGUACAGCUACAGAUCCAGUGUCAGAGAAGACUGUGGAUAGAAAUGUCCCUGACACGAAACAGAACCCGGGUAUGUUUAAAGGAGUAACACAGAAAGUCAACCCAUUCAAGUCCUCUACACAGGUGAGAAAAGAGGACCCUCCAAAAGACACUGUGGAUCAGGAAAAGCUACCAGAAGGCAAACAGGUCGUCCAGAACCCUGGAAUGUUCACGGGAAUGAUGCAGAAAGUCAAUCCUUUCAAAUCUACAGCACAGACACAGGACACUCAGUCGAUACACAGUGAUCUGUCCUCCAGUGCUGGCAGUCUGGCUGAGAACAGCUCAACAGAAAGACAGGUGAGAAAGGAGGACCCUUCAACAGACACUGUAGAUCACCAAGUGACAGCGAAGCUACCUGAAGCCAAGCAGCAGAACCCUGGAAUGUUCACGGGAAUGAUGCAGAAAGUCAACCCAUUCAAAUCUACUGCACAGACACAGGAUACUCUGUCCAUACACAGCAAUCUGGCCUCCAGUGCUGACAGUUUGGCUUCCACAGGAAAACAGGUGAGAAAGGAAGACGUUCCAACGGACACUGUGGAUCACCACGUCACAGCAAAGCUACCAGAAAGCAAACCGCAGCAGAAUCCUGGAAUGUUUAUGGGAAUGAUGCAAAAAGUCAACCCUUUCAAAUCUACAACACCGAAUCAGGACACCCAGUCCAUACACAGUGAUUUGUCCUCCAGUGCUGGCAGUCUGGCUGAGAAUAACAGUUUUGCAGGCAAAGAGAACCCUGGGAUGUUCAAGGGAAUGAUGCAGAAAGUCAACCCAUUCAAAUCUACAACACAAACCCAGGAGACUCAGCCGUUACACAGUGAUUCAUCCUCCAGUUCUGACAGUCUGAAUGACACCAACGUCUUACCCCCUACAGAGAAUCAGAGCGUGUGGUACACAGACAAUGACGCAAUGUUUUCAGUGAAAAGUGAACCUCCACAAGAAAAUAAGAAAAGGACUGGGACAUUCCGAAUCCGAAGGAUUCUCCCUGGUACCCUGUUUGGCUACGGAGCUACAAAUACUGAUGCUCAGCCCACAGCCCAGGUGGGCAUAGUGGAGGUCCAGAAACUGGAGAUGGCUGCAGUGCCAGUACCUAGUGAAGGAAACCCACUGGACAGUGAGGAUAAUGAGGAAGGCCUUAUGGAUUGGUGGAAAACAGUAGAGGGUUGGGAAACGUGGAAUGAGUCCAACACCUUUGAAGCGGAUGAAGGAGAGAUGGCAGUGGAGGCGGUGGCGGACCGUGUCUUCAUGGCGGCCCGUCUGUUCGUGCGCCUCUUCAACCAGCGCGGUGCCUCCUUACAGCAACGCAUCCUGGAGCUCCUAUCAUUGGCUGACGCCGCCGACAGCUUCCACAAGAGGACUGUGAAGGCCAGCGUGGGGGGUGGAGUCGCCAGCGUUGCCGGGAGCAUCACCACUAUCACCGGCCUCAUCUUGGCGCCGUUCACCAUGGGAACGUCGCUCAUCGUCACGGCAGUGGGCAUCGGCGUCGCGACGGCGGGGGGGGUAGCGUCAGCUUCUGCGAAUAUUACCGAUACGGUGCACUCCAAGACAGACAGGAAGAAGGUGGAGAAGAUGAUUCAGGAUUACCAGGAGGAGAUGAAGGAUAUCAAGGAGUGUCUGGACUUUUUGCAGGUCGGUAUGGAGACCCUGGAGGAGUGGGACUUUGACCAGUACGUGGACAGCAUCUCUAAGAAAUACCUCAACCAGAAUGUCAAACACGUGAUGAAGGAAGGUGGCCGGGCCGGCAAGGCAUUACUAAUCAACACAGAAAGUCUGAUCAACACCGUGCAGGUUCUCAACGUGGCAGGCGGCGCGGCCAAGGCCGCCCAGGUGAUGAGUCUCACCACAGGAGUAAUGUCAGGUCUCUUCCUGGCCCUGGAUGUCUUCUUCCUGGCCAAGGACUCCAUCGAGCUCAACAAGGGAGCCAAGACGGAGUUUGCUGGGAAGAUCAGGGAAGUGUGUAAGGAUCUGCAGAAUGGACUGUUGGAGCUCAACCGCAUCAAAGAGCAACUGCAGAAAACUAUGGAUGGGAUUGAGGUGGAGGAAGAGGAGGAGGAGGUGUACGAGUCUGAUUCAGAGAAACUGGCCCAGCUGGAAGAAUGAGUGAAGGAAGAGAGGGAGUGAAGGAAGUUUGGGGUUGUGAAACCUAAAGCUUUUGACCAAAUAUUGAGACCAAUUUGUUUUGUUACCUACUCCAUUACAUGCAAUAUACAUAUUAUAUGUCCUAUGUUUCAGCCAGAAAAAGGUGCCUAGAAUGUUUUGACGUGGCCAAACCUUGUCAAAUUGCCAUUUUAUUUUUCAGUUGAGAAUGUAGUGCCUUAUUUAAUAUAACACUGAUGGUGUCACUAGUCUUCCUAUUUCUGUAUUUAGCACAUUUUUAUGGGUGUUCAGUAGGGGAGACUUGGGUAUGUUGAGCCAUUCUUUACAUUCAGCAUCACUAUGUCAAGGUAAAUAUAGCAUUCUUUCUAACAAAGAUAUCUACAUAUAUUUCAGGAUGUCAUGUAUCCCUGGAAAUAAUCAGAAUGAAUGUAAACAUAACGGUUUUGAAAACCAUAGCUUGUCCAAAAACAACUUUUUAAAAUACUUUUAACAUAGGCUCAGGCCCUGGUUUAACCUCAUAUCCCAGUGAUGAUGCCUUGCAUUACGCCUGGGAAGAAAACACUUCAAUUGUGGCCUAGAGGGGGGUGAACCCAACUGAGAAAGGCAUUUAUCAUCAUUUGAAUAUGAUUAAUCCUACUUCUUCAAAAAACAAAACUUGUUAUGCAUAAAACUGACAAUGUAAUCAUCAUUUGUAUGGGGUAUAUUGAUUAGCCAAUGGCUCAAUUUGCCCCUUGCCAAAUUGUACAAUUUACCCCUUGCCAAAUUGCACAAUUUACCCCAAAGCCACCAUUUUGACUAUAUUAGCCCACACAAGGAUGCACUUUCAUGUUAGAUUUAAGACUUCAUAUUGUAGCUUAUAAAGACCUCAAAUGAUGUAUAAAAUGAUAAACUUUAGUUUAGGUACAAGCAGUGGUGUAAAGUACUUAUGUAAAAAUACUUUAAAGUACUACUCAAGUAGUUUUUUGGGGGUAUCUGUACU